AACCUGAAAAUCAGUAAUGGAGAUAACACUUCAACACUACCAGUCACUGCUAUGAGAAAUGUUCUGUCUUCAGUUAUUACAAGAGUAAUACCACACCCAGGAGGCCGUGGCUGUCAGGCAGACUAUCAUAUACCUACAGCUUGGCUCACACACAAUACUUUCAUCUAAUGUGACACUGCCCACCCUGGCUAACAAAAGGCAGCUGUGAAAUAUUUGCAGAUUUUCUAGGUGCUUGUGCUCAGAGAUUUAUCACUUUUGUUUUUUGUGGGUGAGACAAUUGUUCACACCAACAUUACACUGACAACCAUGAUCUGAACAAUUAGAUCAGCUGCAAAGCACAUCAGACUUCCAUGGCACAUCCCAACAAGCCGUGUUGGGUCAGGAUGGGUCCCCAGCAGAUAUCUUGCAGAGUUGGUGGAAAUCCAAUCUUGUUCAGGGCUUUACUGAAUUGCUGGUCUCUGAGAGCAUCCUGCAGAAUGGGUGUUUUGAGAAGGAAGUGUGAGAUGAUCUCAACUUGACUAUUUCUGUGGUGGGUGCAGGGUGGACAGAGGGCCCUUCCAAGGAAAACCAUCCAGGCAAACAUGGUGUCCUUCACCAUCAUUGGCUAUCAGCAGUGUUGGGCCAUCUCCAAUAUACAUCUUCACCAAAAGUUCUUGGUGUGCAGGAGCAGCAGUGCUGCUUCUCCUCUCCUCCCAUGAUGAUGUGGGGCUGUGGCACAGGAGCUGCUGGUGAGACGGGGCACCUCACAUAUGCGUGGAACAAAUUGCAGAUCUCUUACAUUGACGUUCCUAUUCCUGUGAAAUGGCAGAAUGAUCAUCCAGAAGAUAAGUUAAACAUUUCCGUUUCUGUAUGUGUGAACUAAAGACAUUGAACUCAUUGGCUUGUGGUUUUACACACCUUUAAUGUAACAUCUGUCACACAGAGGAAGAGGCAGUUUGAGACUGCUGGCUGUUAGGGUGUAGACUUUGCCAGUGGCUUGGCAAAGUAAGCAAAGUACUGCCAGUAUAUAUGUAUGAAGAUAUAUUCACCUCUCAGAUUUAUUUUAGAUAUAAAGAAAUUUUCCUGGCAUUCUUUCAUGCAGUGUUGGAUUAUGGACAACAGCCUGGGGAGUCUGCUGUCUGGAGGAGACCUGGAGGACUCGCUGGUGGAUUAUCAAUCAAGAGUUAACUCCUCUGCAUCCUAUGAUGACAUCUUCCUCUACUCUGAACUGGACAUUGACUGUGAACUUGAAACUAUUCCAGCAUUUGCACUGAUUUUUUUUCCAGUGCUGUACACCGUGUUGUUUGUGACCGGCCUUGUGGGAAAUGCUUUGGUCGUUUGGGUCCUAAUGGCCUUCAAAAAAGUCAGGGCCAUGACUGACGUCUAUCUGCUGAACCUUGCCAUCUCUGACCUCCUCUUUGUCUUCUCCCUCCCCUUCUUGGUUCAGUACUCCCUGGUGAGCCAGUGGUCUUUUGGCAAUGUCAUGUGUAAAAUUGUCAGCUCAGCUUACUUCAUUGGUUUCUACAGCAGCUCCUUCUUCAUAACCAUCAUGAGCAUCGACAGGUACUUGGCCAUUGUGCGGUCUGUGUAUGCUCUGCGGGUGCGCACGUCCGCCCACGGGGUCAUCGCAAGCCUGGCCCUUUGGGCAGUCGCCAUUUUAGCAUCAGCGCCAGACCUCAUUUUCUUCCGGGAAAUGGAAGACAGCAACAGGACCGUGUGCCUGCCUCGCUAUCCUGGUAGCAACAACGGCUGGAAGAUUUUCAGUAAUUUUGAAGUCAAUGUCCUGGGGUGGCUGAUCCCGGUGGGCAUCCUCAUUUUCUGCUACCACAACAUCUUGAAAAACCUGCGGCGGUGUCACACUCGCAACAGGUACAAAGCAAUGAAGCUGGUUUUCAUUGUCGUCAUUGUGUUCUUCCUUUUCUGGACCCCUAUCAAUGUCGUGCUCUUCCUGGACUCCAUGAGGAACAUGCACAUCAUCGACGACUGCCAGGCAAGCCAAAGGCUCGACCUAGCCCUGGAGCUGGCUGAGGCGCUCUCCUUCGUCCACUGUUGCCUCAAUCCCAUCAUCUACGCCUUCGUGGGUGAGAAGUUCAAGAAGUAUCUCUGCGAGGCUUUUGGCAAAUAUGCACGUUUUCUCUUGAUCUGCAACGACUACAGUGUGUUCCACAGGCACAAACUGGACAGGCACUCCUCUGUGCACAUGGUGUCCUCGCAGUCAUCUUUUGUUGGUAGUGUCUUGUAGAGCUGCAAGCCAAAAGCUCCCAUACUUCAUGCAUGACCUGAAGUUGAGAAGUCCUCCCAGUGAUUCAGUUAAUAAGUCUUCUUGUUGCCUUAGUGUAGGAGGUUAAGGUGCAGUGGCCCAUUACCAAAGUGUGACUAGGAAAUCAUGCAAUCCUAGAGCAAGCUGCAGUGCACCUUGCUCCAUGAUAUGCUGUAAUACCAUUCUGAGCAGGUAUCUUCAUGGAUGCAAUCCUUCUGAAAUACUUCUCUGUUAUUAGCAAAUGUGAAUGAGAACUUCAAACACUGAAAUUAACAUUGGGAAAUUUAUCAGCCACUCCUCUGCCCGCCAGCUGAAUCCUUUAACAUAGAUUCGUGCCUCCUUCUCAGAGUAGCACGGAGACGCACUGUUCAGGGAACCUUUUAGGACAGGAUGUACCAGAAAAGUGGAAGCAUCUGUUUAAGCUUACUUGUACCUUGGUUCCCUUUGGAGUUCACUUCCUGCUCUACCUUCUUUGUGAAAAGGAGGCCAAAAUUACCAGCAGACUCUGCACUGCCCCAGCAGUACAGAAAGGUGCACCCAGCACCUCCAGCACAGGACACAUGGUCCUCAAAUAUCUCUAAUGAAAUCAUGAAAUUGUGCAUCGAAGUACAAGGAGGAAGCAGUCUGUCUUUGCAGACAGGGAGUCAAGGUCACACCUAAAUACUCCUGAUCUUGAUAAAACAAAGGCAUAAUACUUAUUUCUGGAUUGCUUAUUUAAUUCUUAGUGCCUCCUCAGUGAGCUGCCCCCCUGGGGGAGGCAGUUAGUCCUGGACUGCUCUCAGAGCUGGCUGCAUCAUCUGUGUGUAGGGAAGAUGCCAGAUGUGUCCAUUAAAACAACUAACUCCCCUCCAAGGAAAGUGGUUUGCACGCUAAUAAUGUGAAUAGACAAUGGUAACGGCACCGGGAAUUAAAGCAGAGUGGAUUUGCUCUGUUGGUAGGGACUGGGCUCAACACAGGAGGGGGAACACGCUUUUGGGAGGGAAACGGUCCCCACAUUUAAGGAAUCACUCCAGGGUCUGGCUUCUACCUGAUAUCUAAACAAUGUUCCCAGCCCAGAAAGUGCUUAGUAAGCAAUCAGUUAGUCAAGCAAAAAAUAAAUUAACUUUAUGCCUGGGUUUUGUUAACAUGAAGACGGAAGAAUAUCUAGGUAUGACCCUGCCUCCCUAUCUGCCUAAGUUCUUUGCUACCAGGACCUGCAGCUACUGGGCUGGAAGGGUUUAAAAGUCACAGCUGAGAAAUGACACUGUGGGAGUCUUAAGAAAAAAAAAAAAACUGAUGGAAAUGAAUGAGUGCCCUGGGUAUGAGUGGAGAAAUAGUUACCAGGAAAAAGAGACUGAAGAGUGGAAAACACCGAAUGUAAGCUGAGAGAGUGGUAAAGGUCAUAUGUAAAAACUUCCUGGAGAUCUGCUGGAGGUGGCCAAGGAGGUGGUUGCUCUCAGCAGAGCCCUGACCCAUGAGCUGAGGGGUGGUUGUUCUGCUGAAAGCCUGCAACAGGAUGGAGAGAAGACAAACGGGAAAAUACACCAAGAGCCUGUAACUCAGGUGGUAUCUAAAGCAGAUGGCACAGACUGGAGUGAGUGGCCAGAGACUUCAGAGUUGCCUAAAACCCAGACAGACUUUCUGAACACUUUAAACAAGUGAUGCACUAGUAUGAGCUUCUUGAGACAUUCCCUACUGCUGUUCGAGCUUGGUAACUUGAAUGAUAUAUAUGUGAAUGGUUAACCAUGCAUAUACAUGUAUAUAAUAUAUGUGUACGUAUAAAAUAUAAUCAUAUAUAUAUGUGUAUAUAUAUAUUAAAUAUGUGUGUGUGUGAAUAUAUAUGUGUAUACAUAUAUAUAUAUAUACACACACACACACACAAAUAUUGAUAGAUAAAUGCAAUGAUGUUCUGAAGUUUUUGGCUCUGGUCUAUUUCUCCCUACAAGAUAUGACCCUAUUUGAAGUUUUAUAAUAAAGAUACUGUAUGCAAUGUAAUUGCACAAUCCCAGAACCUGAGGAACUUCCUUGUCCUGUCAUUGAUUCUUUCAGCCUAUGCUUUUUUCUUCUGUCCCAGGCAGUUUUACACAACUGAUCAUCCCUCCAGCUGCCUCUUCUCUACCUCCUCUCUCUCUCUCCCUCUUCCCCCUCUCCCUGGGAAAAAGAGGCUGAGAGCAGAUUAUCUUAUUAUCUUUUAUUCUAGCAAUUUAAUUCACUGUAAGAGUCUACCCUUGCAGUAUCCCCACACAUACUGUGGUUAAUUCCUAGAGAAGAACCAACAAAACACAAAAGACAAUUCUGUUUAGCCACUGAUCUUUUUCAGGUAGGGUUUACUAUUUUAAUAUGUGUUAGUAUUUGCAAUCUGCAAGAUACAUUUUUUUUUUUUUUUUUGCAAGAACAGUCUGGUAACACUGCAUGUGCAAGAAACAAAUGUUCUUUCAUGUGGGCCAUGACACAUUCCGCAAAUUAUAAAGCAAAGACAGUGAAUAAAGGAAAACGUUUAACUGAUUCCUUAAUGCCAGUCCUGCAAUGCUGCUCCUGCCAUUCAGGUGCCUCACCACCCAUGGUCAACCAGGCUUUUUUCUUUGUAUGUGCAAACACUUAGAUGUCCAAGAACAGGAUUCACAGACAUUAAGGUUAAAGACAAAGGGUGGUGGGCAGAAGGACAGCAUCAACUAUCUUUCUCCCCUGAAACUUUGCAGCAUGAGCCCCCUAGAUUGCACCUUGCUGGAAGCACAGGAGAUGGAAACAAGUUCUGCAUCCCCACAGUGGUGUACAUGUUGGUGUCUGUACAAUACUGUAGGAUUUCACGGCUUGCUUCCUCCAGAAGUGAUGCAACAGAGGAUUCUGCACCACUGACAUGCAGGCAAAAAUCUUCCUUGCACUGCAGUGGUUACCCCCACAGCUCUUCCCCCAGUAGCUGGCACAGUCAUUUAAUUUCCAUCACCAGUUCACUGCAGGAAAAUAGGAGUACCCUCAAGACUGCAGAAUAACAGGAAAUGCAAAAUUAUUUCAUCCCUUCUCACUGCCUAUGCUCCCACCCUGCCAGCCCUCCAGAGCUGCUCCCCAGCAUCACCUCUGUGAUACCCAGAGAAGAGUGAGGUCAGGGAAUGGGCAUCUGCAAGGACUGCAGCAUGGAUUGGAAAAAAACAUCCCUGCAGUCACAGGGGAGCUUCCUGGCUUGUUGAACACGUGCCCUCCAUUUGCACUUUUUCCCCUUCCCCUUUUGCACACUGACACAAAGUAAAUGCAAAAGUGAUCUGAAGAAACCCUAACAUUUUUUGUGUUUUUCCAUUUUUCUGCAAAAUUUGGUCAAUGCACCUUCUUUGCACUGGCAUUUCAAGUUUUGCAGUCACACUGAAAUGGCCAGCAAAUUUGAUAGCAUGGAGAAACCCCUUACUCAUGCAAAUGCAGGAUGGAGAAUUUCCUUUUAGAAGAAGCCUUUUCAAGAUUGGCAAGUUAACCUGUGGCCUAAGGGGGAUCCAAGACAUUUAGAUGAAGACCAACACACACACACACGCACACAUAUAUAUAUAUAUUUUUUUUUUUUUUUUCUGAAGGAUGUGUCUCUAAGCUUUACAGAAAAUCAUCCCUACCUCUCCUGGACCACAUCAGGCAACUGAAGACUUGCUCUUCUGAAGCUCAGCAAUAUUCAUGAUCAGUACUUAGGCUGUACUCCCAGAGAGCAUUUUCCAGUAAUAGUCAAAAAUACAAACUGAGGAGUUGUGUUACUCCAUACAGUCCUGAAAAGGGUGCCUGGAGGUGUAGGUUAGGCAAGGUCACCAAAAUAAGAUGUGCACAGCCUAGAGUGAGGCUCUGCUGCAGAACAGGAGCACAUCAGGAGAGGACAACAGGGUCAGGGGUGUGUGUGGGGGGGGGGGGCGUUGAGAUUUUCUUGGUUCUGGGAUGUGCUGUAAUUGUGAGUGACUCUGAGGUGACAGUGAACUUUCUGAUCUGUGCAGUAUUCAUUUGGGUUACUAUCAGUCAUUUGUGUCAUCCUGUGACAAAAACAUACCACAGGGACUCAAGAAAUCUCUAGUUCCUGUUACUGCAAUAAUGGUAAAGGGUGUUAAGAGUAAUCUCAAGUGAGACACAUGAGCGCUGAAAGCACUCAAGCAUCCAAAAUACCUUUGUGGUCCUGCUACAACCUGUCCUCAUCUGGUUGGGUGAGCUGGUUCACUUUGCUCCUCUUGGAAAGCAUCCUCCCUAGCUGCAUGUGUCAUGGUCUAGCAUAAGUGGGCUCAUUUUGCUGCAUUUAAAAUUUUAAUUUCUGAUGCCAAUUGAGGUGUAAUGCUCCAGGACACCAGCAACUGAGUUGGGAAGAUGUUACACUGUGUGGGGAAGCUGGCAGAUGACAAGUAUUAUAGGAUCAGCUCUCACCAGAACUCUUGGUAUUUCGAAAAGGGAAUGCUUCACUGGCUCAGUGUCUCAUUGCAUGCAUACAGCUCCUUAUCCUCAGCCCUGGAAGGAUGCUUGCUGUGAGGAAACCUCUGGGGAUGGGAUGGUCUUUCUGCUCCUCUGCUCCCCUCCCCCCUCCCUCCCCCCCCCACCCCCCCCGCCAUGGCCAGGUCUCCUCAGUUUGUUAUACCCAAGACAUGACAAUUUUUCCAGCUGUUUUCACUGUUCUGGUGUUUUAAUAGACAUGUUCUUCAGCACAGUCUUACAACAGAAAAGUCCAAGUGCAUAUUUUCGUAUUUUACGCAUUUAGAAAUAAAGUUGAACAUGAGAAAAGGGACUUCUUUUCAAAGCCUUUCACUUCUCUAGUUCUCAGUAGCAUUUAAAGGGCAUCUUCCCUUUGCUGCUGCCUCAGCCCUAUUUUCAAAGCCUUCUCCUGAGGAGGCAGGAGGUGCUUU